AUGGAUUACCUAGAGGAGCAUUUUCGACAAGAAGGGAUCGAAUUCAGCAGCGAGGGAAAUCAUGGCCGAUGCUUCCCCAAUGUCAUAAAUCUUGCAGUACAAGCCAUUCUCAAUGGUAUCAAGACACACGGUGGCACCCUCUGCUGCGCACUGCCUGAUAUUACGACCCCACACAAGGACGAACAUGAAGCAUAUGCUGCCGCAUUGGAUACCGAUCCAGUCGGCUGCGUGCGCAACAUUACCAUCCGGCAAGGAAAUGAUUCAGAGGUGUGGCCAGAGAGAAUUCCCGAGCGCCAGCUCACGCGUGACUGCGAGACCCGAUGGUCGUCAACUUCUCUCAUGCUCGAACGUGUAUUGGAUGCGAAUGAGGCUCUCAAGUGUAUGUUCUGUGUACCUAAAUACCAGCAAGCCGGUCUGCAUACCUUGCUACUGAACAAGGAUCAAUACACGGUGACCUGCGAUAUAGAAGAUGUUCUACGGAUUCCACACCAUGUGCAAGAGCUUCUCUCUGCGGAGAAAACCCCAACACUCCCGGUUGCACUCCCAGCAUAUGAGCAGGUCCUGUUGCUCUGGCGUGCACUACAGAUAGAGUUACAAUAUCUUUCUCCGUACAUCGAAUUUGGGAUAUCCAAGAUUGAGGAAUAUGUAGCACGGAGUCGUAGAAGCUGUGCCUAUGUUCUUGCCAUUGUGAUCAAUCCAGCCAUCAAGUUCCGAUGGAUCGAGGAUCAAUGGACUGAAGAGGAGUGCGAGGAGGCACGCCGAUGGGUCAUUGACACGCUCACACAGUUCCGUCGCCAGCAAUGCAUCCACGAAGCUACCAAUGUCCCUGAGAGUUCAACAGAUCUCCCUACUACCAUGGCAUCUCUCGCACAAGGCCGGGGAUUCCUCAAUUUGAGGAAUACUAGCCGAAGAUUCCGCCGUACCGCUGGUCUCAGCGCAUCGAGCUCUGAGUCAGACUUAUCAGUAUCGCAAACACGAACAUCGUCCACAUCAUACUUGCAAUCUGCUGGCUCAACUGCAGAUUCAGCCGGAGAUCUGAAUCGCCUCUCGCGAGAGGCCCUAGAAGCCGACGAUCGAAAGCGUGCGUUGCGCGAAUUCGACCGCUAUUGCGAAGAACCAGUGGUGCAAAAUGGAAUCGAGAACGGAUUGGAUCUCCUACGGUAUUGGCAGAUCAACAAGCAUUCCUUCCCCUUGCUUUAUCGUGUAGCUCUUGACAUUUUACCUGCACAAGCGUCCUCUGUAGCUUGCGAGCGUCUAUUCUCGUCAGCCAAGGAGACCGACACUCUUCGCCGCAACCGGUUGUCUCCAGCAGUCAUGGAGGCCCUGCAAUUCCUCAAGA